AUGACUCCUUGGAUAGUAUUCAUCUUUAUGUACGCCUGCCUCGGCUAUGACGAGCCAAUGCCUUGUAACCCCUUCAAAGAUUCCAAAUGUGUGGCACGGAACCCUUCACUUGGGAAAUCGAUUUUUGACUCCUUUUCACAUUACCUGACCUAUUUCCAUCCUUACACUUGUUCCUCUGGGGUGCAAUACGACCAGGAAGGGUUGACUCUAACGAUUAGACACCGUAAUGAAAAUCCGUCGAUUAAAUCAAAUUUUUAUAUCUUGUACGGGAAAGUUGAGGUUGAGAUUUUGGCUGCAAAAGGUCAAGGAAUUGUUUCAUCAUUCUAUCUACAAAGUGAUGAUUUGGAUGAGAUAGAUGUGAUGGAACUGUUUGGUGGGGUUCAGGACACAUGGCAGUCCAAUUUCUUUGUCAAGGGGAAUACAUCUACGUACGCAAGAGGUGUUACACAUGCAGUUGACGAUAUUCAUCGAUACCAUUCAUAUUCUAUUGAAUGGACGCCAGAUGAAAUCGUAUGGUUUAUAGAUGGAGUAAGAGUUCGAAGAGUGGUUCCUACCUUGAAGGAAGGGUUCCCCCAAUCCCCCAUGUGUAUCAUAUUGAGUGUAUGGGUUGGAGGUGAUAGGUCCAACGAUCGUGGCACCAUUGAAUGGGCUGGAGGCUUUACAAAUUAUUUACAAGCACCGUUUGAAAUGAGAGCUAGGGAUAUAUAUGUGAUAGAUUAUUCUACGGGGAAGAGAUAUGUUUAUGGAGGUGGUUCCUUACGGGCUAUAGGCGGACAAAUCUUGGGAAAUAGAAAUCAUAGUUAA